CGAGUUUUGAAAAGAGCGAGCGAGAGAGGCAUAGAUUCGCGUCUCUCGCUCUCUCCCGCCAGAUAAAGAGCGGAGAACUCCGAUCCUCCGCCACCUUUCCUUUCCCUCCCGUCGGAAUCUGACGCUUCCGCCCACAUCUAUCCUUUCCGGCGAAUCUUGACAGGGAGUGAGAGAUUGGGAAUUUAAUGCCUUUAAAUACCGGAUUAGGUUUCUAGGGUUUCCGGUCAUCGACUUUCAGUAUUCUCAUUGAAAGAUCUCUCGCUUCUCCACUCUUGCCGUUACUGACGGACGUUUUGGCGUCAAAGCAAUAGGUAACAUGAAAGCUCCCUUCCAUGGAAUCGUCAAGGAUAUCAAAGGAAGAGCAGCAUGCUAUAAGCAAGAUUGGGCAGGGGGACUUUGUACUGGCCUCAAGAUAUUGGCUCCGACUACAUAUGUCUUCUUUGCUUCUGCACUUCCUGUUAUUGCCUUUGGAGAGCAACUCAGUAGGGAAACAGAUGGAGCCCUGAGCACGGUGGAAGCUUUGGCUUCAACUGCUAUUUGUGGCAUCAUACAUGCGAUACUUGGUGGACAGCCAAUGUUGAUUUUAGGAGUUGCAGAGCCGACAGUCAUAAUGUAUGCUUAUUUAUACAGUUUCUGCAAAGAGAGACCAGAUUUGGGUGGUCACCUGUUCUUGGCUUGGGCAGGAUGGGUUUGUGUCUGGACAGCUUUCCUUCUAUUUAUUCUGGCAAUAUUCAAUGCUAGUGCGAUUAUCAGCAGAUUUACAAGGGUUGCGGAUGAACUCUUUGGCAUGUUGAUUACAGUUCUUUUCCUUCAAGAAGCAAUAAAGGGAAUGGUGAGCGAAUUUCAGAUGCCUGGGCGAGAAGACCCUAACUUGCCAGAGAACCAAUUCCAAUGGCUUUAUACGAAUGGACUGCUGGGGGUAAUUUUCACCUUCGGUGUUCUCCUCACUUCACUGCGAAGCAGAGAGGCAAGGUCAUGGCGAUAUGGCACGGGUUGGCUCAGAAGUUUUAUUGCAGACUAUGGGGUUCCUUUGAUCGUUGUGGCAUGGACGGCAUUGUCAUACUCUUUGCCGGGCAAGGUUCCAUCUGGAGUUCCUAGGAGGCUCUUUAGUCCUCUUCCUUGGGAACCUGCAUCAUUAUACCAUUGGACUGUUGUCAAGGAUAUGUUCAAGGUUCCACCAAUGUACAUUUUUGCUGCCAUUAUACCGGCUAUAAUGGUUGCGGGUUUAUAUUUUUUCGACCAUAGUGUCGCUUCACAGAUGGCACAACAGAAGGAAUUUAAUCUCAAAAACCCAUCCGCUUACCAUUAUGAUAUUCUGCUACUUGGGUUCAUGGUUUUGAUUUGUGGGUUGCUUGGAAUUCCACCUUCAAAUGGGGUCCUCCCACAAUCCCCCAUGCACACGAAGAGUCUUUCUGAACUCAAGAGGCAGUUAAUUCGCAAGAAGAUGGUACGGCGUGCCAAGGAGUGCAUAAAACAACAAGCCAGUAGCUCAGAAAUCUAUGGAAAGAUGCAAGAAGUGUUCAUAGAAAUGGACGACGACAAAUCCAUCACUAAUGCCUCGGUAGUAAAGGAGCUGAAGGAUUUGAAGGAUGCAGUUAUGAAUGAUGGAGGGCAAGCGAAGGGUGCAUUUAAUCCUGAGAAGGACAUAGAUGCCUACUUGCCUGUGCGGGUCAAUGAGCAGAGAGUGAGCAACCUUCUGCAAUCCCUUCUGGUGGGUGCUUGUAUGGCUGCUAUGCCUGUCAUCAAGAUGAUUCCCACGUCAGUUCUUUGGGGAUACUUUGCCUAUAUGGCCAUCGAUAGCCUCCCUGGCAACCAGUUCUGGGAAAGGCUGUUAUUGCUCUUCAUAACGCCUGGCCGUCGAUACAAGGUUCUGGAAGGGGAUCAUGCUUCCUUUGUGGAAUCAGUACCCUUUAAAUGCAUUGCCACUUUCACUCUGUUCCAGUUUGUUUAUCUUCUGAUUUGUUUCGGGGUGACCUGGAUUCCCAUUGCUGGCAUUCUGUUCCCAUUACCAUUCUUCCUGCUCAUAUCCAUAAGGCAGCAUAUCCUUCCCAAGUUCUUUCAACCAAGUCACCUAUGGGAAUUGGAUGCGGCUGAGUAUGAGGAAAUCGCUGGGGCCCCACGACGUGACCUCAGCCUCUCAUUCAAGGAUCGGGAAGAGCUUAACACAGACAGUGAUGAGAGCUGUGUGGAACUGUGUGAUGCUGAGAUAUUGGAUGAACUUACCACCCGCAGAGGGGAGCUUAAGCUUAGAACCACAAGUGUCAAGGAAGACAAGCGUUUCCAGGUUCAUCCAGAGGACAGCUGAUGCUAAAAAUGGAGUGGAGAGCUGAGUUGAAGAUGAUUGUACUGGGAAAUGGGGUGGUGGUGGUGGUGAUAAUAUUCUUUGGAGAUUGAGAUUUGGGGAUGAAUUGUCCUUGAAUCAGUCCGCUACAUGGUAAAAAAUAUAAUGAUUAUAGAAAGAGAGCAAAGGCAAACGCCAAUGUGUAAUUCUUCUAUUUUUUUUUUCCCCUCUCUCUCUCUCUUUUCAUUUUUUGGUAUUGCCAUCAGAAUUGUGCAUAGAGAGAGGGUUUUCUAAGGGUUUUUGCUAACCAUUUUUUAAUAUUUUCUUCGGUAAAGAAGAAAAAUGAAAAAGAGCUCCACCAUUUUCAUGCAA